AUCCUAAUGUCUCACUAUAUAUAUACCAACAUCCACUCUUCACUCGUCCAAUAUCCACAAGCCUUCGCUGUUUAAUUUGUUAAUUAAAUCAAACAUGUGCCACCGCAAAGUAAGUUCAACUUCGAGUCCGAGUUCGAGUUCCAAGUCGAAGCCGAUCGCAAUCCGACAAGUGUGGGCCCACAAUCUAGAAUCUGAGUUCGAACUAAUUCGCCAAGUGAUCGACGACUGCCCCUUUAUUUCGAUGGACACAGAAUUCCCCGGACUAAUAUAUCGACAGCCGUACAAACACGAUACACACCCGACCGAUCACUACAAAAACCUCAAAUCCAACGUCGACGAUCUCAACCUCAUCCAGGUGGGCCUCACCCUCUCCGACUCCAGUGGCAACCUCCCCGACCUCGGCUCCCCGACGCCCUACAUCUGGGAAUUCAACUUCAACGACUUCGACAUCGCCCGGGACCGCCACGCUUCAGACUCCAUCCAGCUCCUCCGCCGCCAGGGAAUCGACUUCGACCGCAACCGCUCCGACGGCAUCGCGUCGGCCCGGUUCGCAGAGUUGAUGAUGUCGUCGGGACUCGUCUGCAACGACUCAGUGAGUUGGGUGGCGUUCCACGGCGCGUACGACUUUGGGUACUUGGUGAAGAUCCUCACGGGCCGGAAGGAAUUGCCGAGUGGCAUGGAAGAGUUUUUGAAGAUUGUGAGGGUGUUUUUCGGAAAUAGAAUUUAUGACGUCAAGUACAUGAUUCGGUUCUGUAACAGCUUGUACGGAGGGCUGGACCAGGUGGCGAAGAUUUUAAAGUUGGACCGAGCAGCCGGAAAGUGCCACCAGGCCGGUUCAGAUAGCUUGCUGACGUGGCAUGCGUUUCAGAAAAUUAGGGAUGUGUAUUUUGUGAAUGAUGGCCCCGAGAAGCACGCGGGGGUCUUGUAUGGAUUAGAAGUGCUUUGAUUUUUUAUUUUUGUUUCUUCGGUAUGGAGUUCCAAAAAUUUCUGUAUGA